AUGGAAAGGGAAAAGAUUGUUGGACUUGGGUCCAAGAAGCCAGAGCAAAAUACCAAAUCAACUGUCCUAAAGCUAAAGUCUGACUCCCAAACUCAGAGUUCAUCCAAAACUGGUCCCUGGAGAAAGAUGCUCUCCUCUAAGGACAUUAAUUUUGUGGGCUACGCAUAUAAAAACUUCGAAAUCAUUAACGAUUAUCAAUUAUUGAUCAAUGACAGUCAAGUGACCAAAAUAACUGGGAAACAGAGGAAGCAUUCUAUUGUCUCUACGAAAGCCUCGUUGAAGAAGAAAAGCACCAAACCAAAGAGACUGUCUGCAGAUGAAGAGUCAGAGACAUCUGACAGCGGAAGCAGUCAUCCUGUGCAAGGGAGCUUUUUGAACCUCUUGCCUCCCCAGUUAGAAGUACCUCAACACCGGGACAACUCUCUCUGA